AUGAAUUUUGAAUAUUCUUCACCUUAUUUGUUUUAUGAUGGCGUUUACUAUUCCGGAAGACCAAAGCGCUUUUCAUUAGAUAACGGUGUCGGAGGAUGGUUCUUUAUAAGAAUUGCAUCAUUGGUCAGUUUAUCAGAAAUAGAAGUCCUAAAUAAUGAUUAUCAAAUGCAUUUCUCAACAGAAAAUAUGGUAUCCAAAGGAUGGUUCCAUGCUUUUAUGAAUGAAACACAAUAUAAUUUUUUAAAUUCUCAACAAAAAUAUGAAAUUUAUCCACAAGAAAAACCAAUUAGCAAACGAUCAAACUCAAUUGAUCUAAAGAGCGAAUUUCUUGUACAAGCUACAGAAAAUUGGCAUCCAACCAAUAAUAAAACAAAAUCCCAACAUAUAUCCAAAAAUAUUUAUGUAGUUUCAAAUCUAGAAUCACUAUCUAUACUCAACAAUGAUUAUAGAGUAGCUUCAUAUAAGCCUUUGGUUAAAAGAGAAGCUUUAAAUCGAUAUGAAGUUCCAGUUUUACUAAAUGGAGAAACACAAACACCAGAACCAAAUGGCGUUCCUCUAGGAAGCAGAAAAUUAUACAAUUUUGGCUUAGAUGGCACAAAUCAAAUUAUUAAUAUCGUUGAUAGCGGAAUUGACGAAUACCAUUGCUUUUUCUACGAUAGCAAAUAUACCAUUUCAAUCAAUUCUACAAAUCUAAAACACAGAAAGGUUGUUAGAAUUGAUGAAUGGGUUGAUACACAAGAUGCAGAAGAUGGACACGGAACACAUGUGGGAGCAUCAAUAGCAGGAUAUCCUGAUUGCGAAGAUUGCGGAAUUAAGCUCUACAGUGGCGUUGCAAAAGGUGCAAAAUUAUAUGUCACAGAUAUCGGCAUUUCAUCGAUCAAAAGUGAUGUUUCCGGCAACUAUGACCUUGAUCAAACCACUCAGACCAUGAAGCAGCUCGAUUCCGGUGUUUCUUGCAAUUCAUGGGGAUAUUCAGCCGAAGUUGGCCAAAUCGAGUACUCCUACAACCUUGAGGCCGAGAAAAACCCAGAGAUAGCAUUUGUCUUUGCUGCAGGCAACUCUAGAGAUCCUUUGACCGUAACUGUUCCUUCAAUUUCGAAAAACGUCAUUACAGUCGGUUUAUCAUCAAACGCUCCUUCAUAUUCCAUGGAAAUAAAUGAAGGAAAUAUAUCCCUCAGCGAUCCACAAGGUUUGCGAAUUCCUUUGACUCAAUCUUCAAAUACAGACUAUUUUAAGAUGACUGCUGGAACUCCUAUGACAUGGCUUAGCAAUCUUUCGGUUGUUGAUUACGCAGAUGAUGCUGAUUUCCAAGGAAAAAUCGUUAAAACUUCAAAUAAUUUAGAUGAUAUUUCAAAUUCUUUAGAAAGAGGUGCAAAAGCGGUCAUCUCUGUAACGAAAAAUGAACUAAAGACACAAAAAUCCCCUGUUUUCUUCUCUUCAGAAGAUUUUAACGUUGAUCAAGGUUCAAUUUUACUUGAAUCAUACUCAAACAAAGAAUUUGAGGUCUCCUACAUAGAAUCAAGAGGUCCAGCAAGCAACGGACUCCUCAAACCAGACGUUGUUGCCCCUGGACACCCAUUAAAAUCGGCAAGAGCAGGAGAUCCUGAAAAUCAGACAAGAAGAGAAUGCACAAUCGACACGAUUUCACGUAAACAAGGCACAUCAAUGGCAACACCACUCAUUGCAGGCUUAUGCGGUAUCAUCAGACAGUAUUUUGUCGAAGGUUGGUACAAAGAUUCGAAGAAAAAUUCGGCUGAGAAGGUUGUUCCUUCAUCUGCGCUAAUGAAAAACGUAUUGGUAGCUGCUGCAUAUCCAAUAGGAUCUAUUACGCCUAAUUUUAAUGCGGGUUUCGGAAUUCCUGUUUUAUCCAACGUAAUUAAUCCGGAAAAUCCAGAUAUUAAGAUGCUUUUCGUAGAUUACAUGAACGUUAGUUCAUCAGAACAUUACAAAACUACUAUAAAAGUUACGAAAGAAGGAAGACUUUCAAUUGCUAUGUCAUAUCUCGAUGCAACACUUGAAAAUUAUGUAGCUCCGUUGUUCGCAGACUUAGAUUUAUUCGUAAUCGAUCCUGAUGGCUACGUAAUUGUUGGCAAUCAGUUCAAUUCUUCUGCAACUGAACAAUUUUCCAACACAGAAAGGGUUCUUAUACACGCAAAGCCAGGUAAUUAUGAAAUCCAUAUCACAUCUAAUGAAUAUACCAUUCAAAGAUCUGUCCACACCUCUGUUUUCGUAUCAGGUUUUGUAGAUAAUUCAAAAUCUCAUGCCCUUCAAUUUGAAAAAGUGACAGAAUGUAUUUCAAAAUGUGACAACAAAGGAACAUGCAGUAAAAAUGGUAUAUGUCAAUGCUCUGAUGGCUACUAUGGCUAUAAAUGCCAGCAAAAAGCCAUUUCAAUUAAUUAUAAUUCUGGUAAAAAUUAUACGAUACCUCCAAGAGAGCCAACAGUGAUGUAUUUCAGCUCCAAUGCAUUGGCUUUCAGAUCUUCUAUAUCAUUUACGGUCAAUGAUUACAAGAAAAAGCCAAGAGAUUUGAUUUGUUUCUCUUCUAAGGUUCCAAAAGGAAUUGCAUCAGCUGAUCAAUGUUUUAUUGCAGAAAAUGAAACAACUAUGAACUUCCAUGGCUCGAUAUUCUCAUCUGCUGCUAAAAAUGUUUACAUUUACGUGUAUCAAAUGUCACAACAGCCAGCAACGAUGUAUCUUGCGGUUAGUGCUCCAACAGGAUUAGUUCUUUUCAGAGACAUCAUCAUUCCUUUCCUUAUUGUUUUGAUAAUUAUCAUGAUUAUCAUUGUAGCAAUCGUUGUUUACUUCAGAAGAAGAAAGACAAAGAUCGAAGAAAUUGCUGAGAAGCUGGAUGAUAAUACUAAAAUGAACGAAGACACGCAAAUCGCAAUUGAUGUUUAA